AUGCCUAAACCAAUUAAACGGAAACUGAAAUCAAAGCAGGAGAAUAACGAUAAUGAGCAUGCUAUCUUAUCUUCGAUUGGAGAUAAGAUUGCGAAAACAACCGACUCAAAAGAAUUGAAGAAGAAACUUUACCAAUCGAGAAGAGUUGUCUUUGCACUUGGUGCAGUGCUUGGAUUAUUAUUAACAAUUUUCUUAUCAACUUUUUCAAAUCAAGAUUUAAGAAAUGAAUUAGAACAAAUUGUUCGUUUUGAUUCUUCGGCAUUUUUCCUGGAUGACUGGAAAGAUUUGUUGCCUGCUGGAAUUCAAUCAAUGUUGAAUGAUUUUGAAAAUAAAGAUUCAAAUAAACCUGAUGAAUUAAACGGUUCAGCAGAAUCUUUUUCUGCUGGUAAAAGAAUGGUGGAACAAUAUAACUUAACUGCCAAACAUAAUGUUAUUAUGGUUCCUGGUGUUAUUUCAACUGGUAUUGAAUCUUGGGGGUUAAAUGAAGACGGGGAUUGUCCUUCAAUUCAUCAUUUUAGAAAAAGAUUAUGGGGGUCUUUUUACAUGCUUCGUACCAUGAUCUUAGAUAAAACUUGUUGGUUAAAACAUAUUAUGUUAGAUCCUGAAACCGGAUUAGAUCCUCCUAAUAUUAAAUUAAGAGCUUCUCAAGGUUUUGAAUCUUCUGAUUUCUUUGUUGCUGGUUAUUGGAUUUGGAAUAAAAUUAUUCAGAAUUUAGCUGUUAUUGGAUAUGGUCCAAAUAAUAUGUUAAGUGCUAGUUACGACUGGAGAUUAGCUUAUUUAGAUUUAGAAAUUAGAGAUGGUUAUUUUACUAAAUUGAAAACUCAAAUUGAAACUAUUUAUAAAUUAUCUGGCGAAAAGUCAAUUUUAAUUGGACAUUCAAUGGGGUCUCAAGUUAUUUUUUAUUUUAUGAAAUGGGUUGAAGCCAAUGGUGAUCUUUAUGGUAAUGGUGGUCCAAAUUGGUGUAAUACUUAUCUUGAUUCAAUUAUUGAUAUUAGUGGUAGUAUUUUAGGUACUCCUAAAACUAUCCCGGUUUUACUUUCUGGUGAAAUGAAAGAUACUGUUCAAAUGAAUCAAUUGGCCAUUUAUGGUUUAGAAAAAUUUUUCAGUAGAAAAGAAAGAGUUGAUUUAGUUAGAACUUUUGGUGGUGUUCCUGCAAUGUUACCAAAAGGUGGUGAUGUAAUUUGGGGUAAUUUAACUCACGCUCCUGAUGAUCCUUCAAAUACUUUAAUCACAAAUUCAACUGAUGUUGAAAUUGAAGGUACUAAGAAGGAAUCAGUUGGUAAUUUUAUAAGAUAUAUUUCCAAAAAAAAUCUGAGUGCUAGUCGUAAUUUUACUAUAGCUACUUCGAUUGAUUAUAUUUUAGAUUUUUCCCCUGAUUGGUUUUCAAAUAGAGUUAGAAGUCAAUAUUCUUAUGGUAUUGCUAAAACUAAAAAUGAAUUAUCGAAGAAUAAUCAAGAUCAUCUGAAGUGGUCAAAUCCUUUAGAAGCUUCUUUACCAAUUGCCCCUGAUAUGAGAAUUUAUAGUUUCUAUGGAGUAGGUAACCCAACGGAACGGGCUUAUAAUUACGGUGAUGAUUUCACUGCUUUAUUACCAAUGACCAUUGAUUUAGAAAAUGAAAACCCAAUUUACAUGGCCGAUGGUGAUGGAACCGUUUCCUUAUUAACCCAUACAAUGUCUCAUGAAUGGAAGAAACCAAACUCUCGUUUCAACCCAGCAAAUAUUAACGUGACAAUUGUCGAAAUCAAACACGAACCUGAUAGAUAUGACAUUAGAGGUGGUGCUAAAACUGCUGAACACGUCGACAUCUUGGGUUCUUCGGAAUUGAAUGAAUUGAUUCUUAGAGUUGCCGGAGGUCAAGGUGAUAAAAUUUCUGAUCGUUACGUUAGUGACUUACAUCAAAUAGUAGAUCGCAUGGUUAUUUAA